CAGACCCUAUUGGGUUGUUGGCGUUCUUUUUGUUAGUUUGCAUCGCCUGCAUUCGGGUGAGCGAAUGAGUUUUCCCAUGCUUGCUCUACACAUUAAGAUCAGCUCGGUAUUUUCCCCAUCUUUUUACUGAGUUCUCAACAGCAGAUUUAACUCGGUACGCUCGGUUAUCCCUUUUGCUGAAUACUCUGUAAAUAAGUUAACGAGUUCUGCAAAUGAACUGUCAAAAAUUACAGAUGAACGGUUAAUAUCGUUACUGAUGAACGGUAAAUAUUGAUUACCGAGUGUACCGAGUUAAAUCUGCUGUUGAAAACUCAGUAAAAAGAUGAAAAAAUUACAGAACUCAGCGAAAAUUUUACUGAGCUGGAAAAUCAGAAUCUUAGUGUGUACGCCUGCGGCAACGAAAUGAAGGUACAUAGUAAAAAGUGUCGAAUGUUUACAAGACUGGUCGUGAUUUGAUGUACCGCAUCCAUGGGUUUGGUUAAAUUUUACAUUUUACUACCCGGAUCUGAUUCCGGGUAACUACCGGCUGAACCAAAUAUGGUCUAACAUUAUUGUCUUGUUAACUGCUCAUCGGUUAACCAAAAACCUGCAAAUUGAAGGUGUCACAUGCAGGGUUUGACAAUUUCGACGGGACUCUCGGAACCAAUUUCGGAACACUACCAGUUGUCUUUAGUGUGACGUAAGGCUUUUUUUUAGCUAACUGUUCAUCAGGUUAUCGCAAAAGCCACGAUUUGAUGUGUCACAUGCCUGGAUUUGGUUUACUUUUACAUUUGACCUCUUCCGGCCACUCAAAACCGAUUCCGAAACACUUGCUGGCCGUUCAUUAGGUAAUCUAAAAAGCCGCUAUUUGAUGUGACGCAUGUACGGGUUUGUUUCUCUUUCAGAUUUAACCACUUCGGCCGGAACGGGUUCCGGAACACUACUGGUUCAGAUAUGGUCUGAGAUGGUUUUCCUGCUCAUUAUCCAUCAGGUAAUCGAAAAUGCCGUGGUUUGAUGUGCCGCAUGCAAGGGUUUGGUUCAAUUGUAUAUUUGGCCACUUCCAGCGGGUCGCCUAGAACCGGUUCCGGAACACUACCGGUUCAGAUAUGGUCUUAGAUGAUUUUCCUGCUCAUUAUCCAUCAGGUCAUCGAAAAUGCCGUGGUUUGAUUUGCCGCAUGCAUAGGUUUGGUUCAAUUGUAUAUUUGGCCACUUCCAGCGGGACGCCUAAAACCGGUUCCGGAACACUACUGGUUCAGAUAUGAUCUGAGACUAUUUUCCUGUUUACCGCUCAUCAGGUUAUCAAAAAUGUCGUGGUUUGAUGUGUCUCAUGCAUGGGUUUGGUUCACUUUGAUAUUUGCCACUUCCGGCGGAACACCCGGAACCGGUUCCGGAACACUACCGGUUCAGAUAUGGUCGCAUGCAUGGGUUUGGUCCACUUGUAUAUUUGGCCAACUCCAGCGGGACGACUAGAACCGGUUUCGGAACACUACCGGUUCAGAUAUGGUCUGAGAUGAUUUUGCUGCUCAUUAUCCAUCAGGUCAUCGAAAAUGCCGUGGUUUGAUGUGCCGCAUGCAUGGGUUUGGUUCAGUUGUAUAUUUGGCCACUUCCAGCGGGACGACUAGAAUCGGUUCCGGAACACUACCGGUUCAGAUAUGGUCUGAGAUGGUUUUCCUGUUCAUUGUCCAUCAGGUCAUCGAAAAUGCCGUGGUUUGAUGUGUCGCAUGCAUGGGUUUGGUUCAAUUGUAUAUUUGACCACUUCCAGUGGAACGCCUAGAACCGGUUCCGGAACACUAUCGGUUCAGAUAUGGUCUGAGAUGAUUUUCCUGCUCAUUGUCCAAAAGGUCAUCGAAAAUGCCGUGGUUUGAUGUGUCGCUUGCAUAGGUUUGGUACAAUUGUAUAUUUGGCCACUUCCAGCGGGACGCCCAGAACCGGUUCGGGAACACUACCGGUUCAGAUAUGGUCUUAGACUAUUUUUCUGCUUACCGCUCAUCAAGUUAUCGAAAAUGCCGUGGUUUGAUGUGUCGCAUGCAUGGGUUUGAUGCAUUUUCAUAUCUGGUCCCUUCCUGGGGUACCGUUCCGGAACACCUAAAUGGUCAUAUCUCCGAAACGGCUGAACCGAUCCGAACCAUUUUCAAUAGGAAAUAAUGGGACCAGAUUCCGCGUCGAAUGAACCGCCGGUCAUUGAAAUCGGAUGAGGUUUACUGCCAAAAAGUGAUGUGAGUUUUUUUGUACACACACAUACACACACAUACACACACACAGACAUCACCUCAAUUCGUCGAGCUGAGUCGAUUGGUAUAUGUGAUUUGACCCUCCGGGCCUUCUAUCAAAAAGUCAUUUUUGGAGUGAACAUAUAGCCUUUCCAGUACACUUAGUGUACGAGAAAGGCAAAACCUUGAAUGCUUCAUUUUCACAACUUAGCAUAUUUCUGACAAGAUUAGGUAAUUUUCCUCUUGGUUUUCUGACCAACUUAUGUGACCGCAAGAAGUUUCCUUUGGCAUCAUCAACAGGUUCUAAAAAGAGUUCCUGAUGGUAUACUUAUUUCAAGAUCAUAGAUAGAUCGUUUCUCAUGUGCUACAAAAACCGCAGAAAUAGCACAUAAGAUUGCUUCUGAGAUAUUUUGCUUAGUUUUUGAAGAUACAUUCCUUGUAGGAUAUUUGGUGAUAUGAAUAUCCAUGAUAAGUUUUUUUUUAGAAAAAUACAAUUCCAUGGGCUGCAAAACGGUGAGUCGAUAAGGAGAGCAUCCAACAUAGCUCUGGUCCUCACAAGUUCCUACCUCAUGCUUCCACGGGUCAAACGAUGACAAAGACCGCCAGCUAAGAGUUGUGUGCUUAGCUGGUAGUGCAGCCUGGGCACUGUUGUCCUUCUGACUUCAGCUAGAUUGAGGAGGUACGAUCCGAGCGUCUGUUCACCAAGGAGGUGCGGCUCAAACAGCGUCUGUUCUGGCAUCCAGCGGCUGAGUAUGAAAUGCUGUAUUGCGUCAGCUAUACCUAAGAAGGCAGCCCCUUCAACGCAAUGUAGGCAGCGCGGCCCCGGUAAGGUAGCCUGCUGAAAACCUUCAAACACCCAGAAAAGCAAUAGUAGAGUAAACGGAUUGAUUCAACGGCAACAGACCCGGCAACGAAUAAAGGACAACGAUUGGAAAGUCGGAUCUUGGAACGUGAGAACUUUGAAUGAACCCGCACGUGUUGGGCUCCUGGCUCGUGAACUGCGUAAUGUCGGCGUUAAUGUGGCCGCUAUCCAGGAGAUACGCUGGCCCAAAACUGGAGAACGCGAAUUCCGAGCGGUGGAUCCUGUAGGAAGAUAGAUAGAUAAAAUGAAUUAUUUGGUACAAGAUUAGAUGCUUUAUAAAUUAAUUUGUUGGAAAUACUUCAAUAACAAUUCAAGUAGAAAAAGCUACAGGAUUUGCAUCAGUGUUUACAUUUACGGCAAACAACGGGAGAGCGGAAUCAAGCCGCGCUAGCAUGCUGUGAACGAAUUCGAUAACGGGAACAUGCUUCGGUUUGGUGCGCUGGUGUGUGUGGCAUCCGGGUGCUUGAAUGACGAGAAGAACGACGAUGACGACAACAAGGGAGCGAGAAUGAACAAGACGUUGAAUGAGUCAGUUUUGUGUGAGAUGUUGUGUUGAACAGUUGUUGCGAAGCUCCGCUGGUAUGCGAAAUAAAAAAAAAUAAUGAGAAUUUAAAAAAGUGCGUUUAUGUUGAUUAGACGAGAAGAAUUCCUACAAUGGCACAGCCGGUAGGAUUUAAGUGUGCUUUGUAUGGUGCAGCAAACAAAACGAAAAAAAUCGAAAAUGUGGAUUCCGUUCUUAUUAACAUAUAUUUUGCAGCUUAUUUUUUAUUUUUUUAUAUCUUUCAAAUUUUAAAUGUUUCAAAUUAGGACUUUUGUAACAGUAUUGAGCAAAAUCAUAAAAAGUUCAUCAUAUUACAUCUGUUUUCAAGAGUAGGGGAGAAGGAGGAUGUAGGAAGAUAGAUAGAUAAAAUGAAUUAUUUGGUACAAGAUUAGAUGCUUUAUAAAUUAAUUUGUUGGAAAUACUUCAAUAACAAUUCAAGUAGAAAAAGCUACAGGAUUUGCAUCAGUGUUUACAUUUACGGCAAACAACGGGAGAGCGGAAUCAAGCCGCGCUAGCAUGCUGUGAACGAAUUCGAUAACGGGAACAUGCUUCGGUUUGGUGCGCUGGUGUGUGUGGCAUCCGGGUGCUUGAAUGACGAGAAGAACGACGAUGACGACAACAAGGGAGCGAGAAUGAACAAGACGUUGAAUGAGUCAGUUUUGUGUGAGAUGUUGUGUUGAACAGUUGUUGCGAAGCUCCGCUGGUAUGCGAAAUAAAAAAAAAUAAUGAGAAUUUAAAAAAGUGCGUUUAUGUUGAUUAGACGAGAAGAAUUCCUACAGAUCCCAUCGCCAACACUUCAUUCAAGUACCACAUCUACUACAGCGGCGGCGAUAAGGCAGAACGUGGAGUUGGCUUUAUAGUGAUCGGGAAGCAGAUGAAGCGAGUUAUUCGGUGGAAGCCGAUAAGCGACCGAAUCUGUGUGUUGAGGAUGAAGGGCAAGUUCUUCAACUACAGCCUGAUCAGCAUCUAUGCGCCAACGAACGACAAACCCGAUGACAUGAAGGAUGAGUUCUAUGAGAGCCUUGAUAAGGCCUACGGAGAGUGCCCAAAACAAGAUGUCAAAAUAGUCAUCGGAGAUGCAAAUGCGCAGAUUGGCAGAGAAAGUUUCUUUCGGCCUGUCAUUGGAACGGAAAGCCUUCAUUCUGUUACCAAUGAUAAUGGUCUGCGCCUUGUGACAUUCGCUGCUGCUAGAGGGAUGGCAAUCAGCAGUACCUACUUCGCACGUAAGAAUAUCCGAAAACACACCUGGCGACACCCGAGUGGUGACACUUGCUCCCAGAUAGACCACGUGCUGGUCGACGGGCGACAUUUCUCGGACGUCAUAGAUGUGAGGUCCUACAGAGGCCCGAACAUCGACUCGGAUCAUUAUCUUGUAGCCGCUAAAAUUCGGGCGCGAUUAUCCAGCGUCACGAGUUCAAGAAACAACAGGACGAUGCGUUUCAAUAUCCAGCGCUUGUCAGCCGAAGGGGUUGCUGCACAGUACCAUCAGAAGCUAGACGAGAGGAUAGGAGAGACCAACGGAUCUGGAGAUGUCAACAGCUUGUGGGGAAGUAUCCACGAAGCAGUGACAACAACAGCGCAAGAGGUGAUUGGUACCGCUCAGCGACGCCAACGUAAUGGUUGGUUUGACGAGGACUGCCAACGAGCGACGAACGAAAAGAAUGCCGCCAGAAGUCGAAUGCUAGUGGCCGGUACCCGGCAGAACAGAGAGCGGUACAGGGUUGCAAGAGCAGAAGAGAAACGAAUCCACCGCAGGAAAAAACGGCAACACGAAGAGAGUGUUAUUGCUGAAGCGCAGGAAAGUAUGGACAGGAACGAUAUGCGGAGAUUUUAUGCAACUGUCAAUGGCGCGCGGCACAAGACUGCGCCAGUGCCCGCCAUGUGCAAUGACCGGGAAGGAAAUUUGCUGACAGACAAAACAAUGGUGGCAGCCAGGUGGAAGGAGCACUUCGAAGAUUUGUUGAAUGGUAGCAGCGAAGGAGCACCCAGGAACAGGAUAAACAUAAUGGAUGACAGUCAAGCAGUGGAACCACCAACACUGGAUGAGGUUAAAAAGGCCCUUAAGGAGCUGAAAAACAGCAAGGCUGCUGGGAAGGACGAGAUCCCGGUCGAACUUCUUAAGCACGGAAGCGAGCAGCUACAUCAAUCAAUCCAUCAGAUUAUUAUAAAGAUUUGGGAGGAUGAAGAAUUGCCCACUAGUUGGUUGGAUGGCCUCAUAUGCCCAAUCUACAAGAAAGGGCACAGACUGGAGUGUGCCAAUUACAGAGGGAUUACCCUUUUAAAUUCGGCGUAUAAGAUACUGUCGCGUGUCCUGUUCAACAGACUGCGACCUCUUGAGGAGUCCUUCGUCGGCGAAUACCAGGCUGGUUUUCGUGAGGGCCGAUCAACGACGGAUCAAAUGUUUACCCUGCGGAUGAUCCUAGAUAAAUUUCGGGAAUAUAACUUGCAGACUCACCAUCUGUUCAUUGAUUUUAAAGCAGCGUACGAUUCAGUGAAAAGAAAUGAGCUUUGGCAGAUAAUGUCAGAACAUGGUUUUCCGGCGAAACUAAUUAGGCUGAUACGCGCAACGCUGGAUGGAUCAAAAUCAAGUAUUCGGAUCGCGGACGAAGUGUCUACGUCGUUUGUGACCUUGGAUGGAUUGAAGCAGGGGGAUGCUCUUUCAAAUUUAUUGUUCAACAUUGCACUCGAAGGAGCGAUUAGGAGGUCAGGCGUGCAGAGGAAUGGCUCUAUCAUCACACGGUCGCACAUGCUCCUCGGUUUUGCGGACGAUAUUGAUCUCAUCGGCAUCGAUCGUAGGGCAGUGGAGGAAGCUUAUGCUCCUCUGAAGAGAGAGACAGCGAGGAUAGGCUUGACGAUUAACUCUACCAAGACAAAGUACAUGAUAGCGGGUAGAGACAGAAGCAGGCCUAGUGGUGUUAGUGCUGAGGUAGUGAUUGAUGGGGAAGUGUUUGAAGUUGUUGAAGAAUUUGUUUAUCUUGGAACACUUGUGACAUGUGACAAUGACGUUUCCCGUGAAGUGAAAAGGCGUAUUGCAGCUGCGAAUAGGGCCUUUUACGGAUUGCGUAGCCAGCUUAGGUCCCGUAACUUGCAAACGCAAACAAAAUUCGCUCUGUAUAAGACGCUGAUUCUUCCGGUUGCCCUCUACGGUCACGAAGCGUGGACGUUAAAGGAGGUAGACCGAAAAGCUUUUGGAGUUUUUGAGCGCAAAGUGCUGCGGACAAUUCUCGGUGGGAAACAAGAAAAUGGAGUGUGGCGCAGACGCAUGAAUCACGAGUUGUACCAAGUGUACGAAGAUGCGAAUAUUGUGAAACGUAUAAAAUACGGCAGACUUCAGUGGGCUGGACACGUAGUGCGAAUGUCGGAAGAAAGAAUAGCGAAAACAAUAUUCAGCAGAGAACCCGGUAGAGGUAGGCGGCUUCGUGGGCGGCCGCGAACUCGCUGGCUGCACGCGGUUGAAGAAGAUCUACGAUCCCUACACGUUCGGGGAAACUGGAGGAACAUCGCCCAAGACCGACGAAGAUGGUGCUCUACUAUACGCUCGGCAUUGGAGUAAAGUUACUUUGUAGCCAACAAGGUAUCAAGGUAGGUACAAUUCCAUCGAAAAUUUUGAAUCAGAAUACCUAAGUCCUGUACAUUCUUCUAUCGAUUCCUUAGAGCACUAAAACCCCUGCUUCAGAGAUUCUUUCAAAAUUUUUCAACGGAUUUCUGCAGAAACUCGCCCUUGUUUAGAAAUUUCUCUUACGAAAGUUUGGCUCCUCUGAGGUUUGCCUGUCGAAUUUAUCCAAGGAAUCUUUCAGGAAUUGCUUCAAGGAUUCCUUCUGAUGUUCCUCCAGAUUUUUUUCAGGAAAUUCUUCAUGGAUCCCUGCAGAACUUCCUCCAAGAACUGCUUUGACAAACCCUCCGAAGGUUCAUUCCAGAAUUACUUUCAUGGAUUCCAUCACGAAUUUUAUCACAGAUUUCUUCAAUAACUCCUCCAAAGCUACCUUCAAGAUUUUUUUCUGAAAAUUUAUUCAGAAAUUUUUGUAAGGAUUUCUUCAAGAGUUUCUCCCUACGCUCAUUCCGGAGUUCAUCUAAUAGUUGCUUCAUGAAUUCCUACAUUUCUACAGAUUUCAUUUGGAAUUCCUCCAAGAAUUCUACUUCGUCAUCUUAUUCAACAUCACUGCUAACUGCUUACUGUUAACAAAACCAAACACUCCACCAAAACCUGAAGACGCUACCCGAUCAAGUGGACCACUGUUUCAGCGGUUUCCAAAGUUACAUGGAAAGCAUCAAUAAGUCAACUUGAGCAACUUUGACACUCAAAGUUCAUUUAAUUUCAAGUCAAGCGUCAGCACCGUAUAUUAUUAAGAACAAAUUUUGUACGGAUGCUGUUUUACCAUCAUAAUAUCGAUGGCACAAAUUUCUCAAAUGGAGGAGAAUGUGCUUGAGAUUAAUAUAUCGACGAUUUCCAGUAAUAGAGGCACUUCUCGGAAUUGGCCAUUUUUGAGAUUUUGAUGGUAUAUGAAGAAAAAAAAACUUUCGUUUCACAAAGACCAGUUCCAAUUUAUGGCUUUUUUAAUCAAUUUUGUGUAAUUAAGGCACAACUUAAAAUCAGUCACAGACACGAAUGCCACAUAAGUGGUAAAGUGUCUUUAAUAAAUAUUAAUAACAAUAAUAAAAUCAGUCAACUCUUUCCAUGAUCGUUGAAAAAUAGUAUGUAAUCCAUAAUUCAUGAAACAUAUAGUCCUUCAGACUUGUCCCAUGAUACGACAAUCAAAAUUCGUUUACUUUUGCCAAAUGCUGUGUUAAAUACGUGAACCUGCAGAAAAAAAAAAUCACAUUUUUUAGCUGUAUCUACUCCUAUUGCAGGAAACCGAGGACAUACCUAGUAGGCUUAGUCACCGUCAGUGCAAUGAAAGGUGCUAACGUUGAUUUUGCAGGACGAUAUCCACAAUUAAAAGAAAAGAUUAAACUUUUCAUUUUUGUCUUAUGUUACAUUGAUUAGAAGUUACAAGGACGUGGCAUUCCCGCCCCCAGCCCACUAAGGCCGUUCGGAGAAAUCCAUGUCGCAUCUUGAACACAAUGGAAAAUCACCGCGCAUGCGUAUGUUUUGAUUGUUUCCACUCCUGAAAUGUUAUGUUUUCGCCUUCUGUGGGACGGUCUGGAAACAAAUCAUCGUUCGCUGCCACCAGCCAGCCGACCCGUCAACGUCGCGACAUGCCAUCCCUUUUCUUUGUUGUUUGGCGGAGGAGGCAAAAAGGAUAAAAAAGGGAAAUGCAUUUGAAGGGAAAAUUUUGAAUGUCAUAGAUAACUAGAAUGUAGUUUUCACCAGUGCUGAAAAUGUCAUGUUGACAUAUCUAAAUUCAACCACCUACAGCUCAUUUUGGAAGCUGAUCCUGAGAAUAUAGUACAUAUAUGGGAAAUUUGUGCGGCUAGACCAGUUCUACAAGAAAGUCACGGAAAAAGUGAAUGAAUAACAAUUGGCAUUUUCGAAGGUAGUCCGUGACAUUUACCUUAAAUAUUUGAAAUAGGCAGUUUUUCCGUGACCUUCUUGUAGAACCUCUCUAAACGCACAAGUUUUUCAUAUACCAUAUUCUCAAGUUCUAUAUGUCGAAAUGACAUUUUCAGCACUGGUUUUCACUUUUCUUUAAUAUGAUUCAAUCACAAAGGUAAUUUGAUUAAGAAUCUAGGUGACCAAAUGUCAUUUUAAGGCAAGUUGUGAGUUUGUUACUAUGAAUUGUUUAACAAAGGUUGCUAUAUGCGAACUAUUGAUAUAAUUUAUAUUUUAUUCUAACUUGAUUAUAACAAAAAUUUUAUUAAUUAAACAUGUUUUAAUAUAACACAAUCAAAACUAUUUUUGGUUAUUGCAUAGCAAACUAGUUAAUAGUUAUGUAUGUAACGAGUUGCAAAAAGUUGAUUUUUUCAGCACGAGUCGUACAUUUAUCCGACGAGGUUUGCCGAGUUGGAUAAAUACGAAGAGUGCUGAAAAAUCGAGUUUUGCAACGAGUUCCAUACUACAUUUUAUGCAAUGAUUUUUUUUCAUAAUGCAACUCAUUUAAGUUGCAUAAUGUUCAUAACGCAACUCAAAUGAGUUGCAUUAUGAACAUUUUGCAACUAUUUUUCAUUAUGCAAUUCAUUUCAGUUGCAUUAUGAACCGGUACGGAAAAAUAGGUCAUUAUGAUACUGAAAUGGGUAGAAUAAAAAAGGAAUUAUAAUACUGAAUUGCAUAAACAUUUUUAAUAAAUUUCUAGCUCGAAAAAUGUAAAAUAUGUAAGAUAUCACUAUAAUGUGUUUUGAAAAAUUUAUUUAACAUACAGUAUCUACUAUUGAAAUAUUUCAAACGCAAAUUUGACUCCGAAUAAUCGGGUCCGACCUGUAUUUCCAGAGAAGAAUCCUUAGAACAAAAUUCUAUUGUUUCAUUUCCAACUCAGUUGAAACUCUGUUAUAAUCGUGUUAUGUAAUUCUGGUCAGAAAGUAGAAUAAACCAACACAUAAAUCUCCUUCAAUUAAAAUUUGCAUAACUGUCUGCUCCUGUUAUGCAGUAAACGAAAUAUGAAAACGACAGCCGCUGUUUCACUGGAAGGGCGAGUUCCAAAAAUAGAUCUGUAGGCACACCAUAAAGGCAGUAAUCUUUAAGGUUAUAAUUACUUUUACCUGUCUUUUUUAAUAACCAGUCCAACUACACAAAAAAAAAAAAAUACAGCUUGAAUUCCCUGAAAACUUUGCUUUCUUUAGGAAAACAAUAAGCAGCACCCCUUUGAUUGCAAGUUAUAAAACCCCUCCUUUGAUGUACAACAGUAUAAAGAAAUCUCUCAUAGCAGCAGCGCGCGUGGAGGUAAAAUCGCGAGGGGUCUUCGGAAACUGGGUUGAUGGGACAGUCAGGUUAAACAUUGCGCUAGGUUCCUGCUGGGGUGAAGUAAGUGCACAGGAAUUUCGGCAACCCCUCUGUAUUCUAUUCUAACAGGAAUUGCACUCGGAAGGGUGAUAAGAUUUAUUUUAGUUUUUUUUGUUCUGGUUUUCUGUAUCGAAUGAAUUGGGAAUUUGGAUUGUUCACGCUUUCAGGAGGGAUGAGGUUAUGCAAUUUUUAAGGUUAAAUCCCUAUUUGAAGCCGGGUAGGUCGAUGCCCUAUGUUUUGCGGUGUCUUUGAGUUCUGUUUCUUCUUGAUAUCAUUCAUCUAUUAUGCCAUGUGAACUCCAAGCCCAAAUUUAAAUUUAUCAAUUGAAACAUUGACUAUCACUUUAUCUCGUUUGAACAUUUUGGAGUCAAUUUACUAUCCAUCGACUCGCUACGCCAAAAGUAUCAAACCAAUUCUGCUGUUGUUAAUAAAAUAAAUUGCUUGUGUCACUAUUAUGCAUCCAGAUCGGAUACAGUGGUAGUCAAAAGUAAUCUGACACGCGUUUUUUUGUCAUUCCGAGAUACUAAUGUUUCCUAAAUCUUAAAAACUAAAGUUCAGAAUUAAUAUUCUGCAUUUUUUAAACUAAACGUUUUAUGCAAAGUGAAAGAAUUGUUCUCGCAAAAUUUCCGCAAUAAGUAAAUUACUAAGUCUAUUUAAAAAUUUACUUACAAUGUAUUCAGAACAAAGGUUUAGAUUUAAAAAUCUAGUGUGAAAACGAUGAAAGAAAAGUAAAAAUGCUAUUUGCGAAGGUUCGCAUCACUGAGUUCAGGGGGCCUCCGAAUCAGGGAAGGUUUCGUACUAUAGUUUGAAUUAAGUUUAGAUUAAGAAUGUUUAUUAGUGAAGGUUUCUCACAAUAACGCAUACAAUUUUUUUAGACUGGUUACACACAUGUUUUUCUGUAUCUAUACUCUCAGAAACUUGCACAAUACUUCAAAAUUGAUUACUCUUUGGGCUACUUAGGAUGAUUGGUAUAGAGCACAUAGAUGUCUUAUUAAUAUCAAUAACUAACUAUUAUCUCUUAUAGAAAUCCAAAACUUCAGAAUGGAACUGAAAUACCUAAGCUUUUGGAAGACCUCGUUGGCUCAAAUUUAGGAGACCCAUUUUUAAAAACAUAUUUUAGAACAAUAUUAAAUGUAUUUACUUCUUGAUACCAAAACUUUUAACUUUUGGGGCCUCAAUCGUAUGAGUUUAAGGCUAUUAUGUACCUCGAUCAGUACUUCUAUAAACAUCCAGAAUCGUAGAACAUUUUUUCAUUCUUAUAUUAUUCGCGAAUUUUAUCUUACUUGCCAGUUUUUCACACAUCCUUUGAAUAAUGUUUUUCAUGUUCUCUGGUAUCCCCUCUGGUACUACCAGAUUCUUCAUUCACUGUUUUGUAAGAUUUCCAGAAAGUUUAAAAGCAUUAAAAAAACUGUCAAAGCUCCGUUAAUCUAAAAAAUGCUUUUUUGAGAUGAUAUUUUCAGAAUACUUCGCUGAUACUUUCAGAAAAUUAUCAUAGAAUAUGUUUCUGGGGCUCACACAACAGAUAUUUUGUGGAUUUUCGAGGAAAAUGUUCUUGCGCGCCUUUCCGACAAAUUGCUUGUGCAGUUCUUCAAAGAUAAAGUGUUUACUUGAAAGCUACUUUGGUUGAACUCUAAUAGUGUUUAAUUUUCUAAAUUUAUUCCAGAAAAUAUUUAGUUUUUUUUUUUUAUGUUUCCCUAAUAGUUUGCUCAAAGUACAUCAGAAUGUGUUUAUGGGGUUUCUUCUUUGAGUUUUCAAAAUUCUAAAUUUUUGGAUGGCUUCCUAACGUGUCACAUACAAAAUAAGUCAGUUUACGACGUUUUUUGAAAUAACACGUUUUUUACGCGGUUUUUUUACGUGGUACCAUUACCGUCGUUAAACAAACUUCAGUGUAUAGAACAAGUAGGGAACUGCGCCACUUGGGCGGUGGCUUAUAUUUUGGUCUGUUUUCCGCUAUAACUCAGUCAAAUUUGAACCAAUUGACACAACUUUUGGAAUGCAGUGAGAUAGGUAUAGUAUCUACCCGUGUACAACAUUUCAAGUCAAUUGGUUCAAAAUUGACUGAUUUAUAGUGGAAAACAGACGAAUAUAGAAGCCACCGCCCAAGUGGCACGAUACUCUAUUUUCAUAAGUUUUUUUUAUCACAAUUAAAUGUAUUUUUUUCAUGGGGGCAUAAAUCUGAUUCUGGACCGGGUACUCAAAACCCGAGCAGAAGAAAAUAACAAGUGACAUAUCAAGGUAUUUAUCUUAAAUACUACCAUACCUUGAUAUGCCCUUCAUUAGGUGGUAAUAAGAGGCAAAUUAACAAAAAUGAAUACCAAAAUUAUGUAUAAAUAAAACCUAGAAAAUAACAGGUCUUGUUAUUUCAAUAAUGAAUGCAUACCUAAAAAUUCAAGUGCUGUAUUUGUUAUUCCGAAGUUAUUGAAUAACAAACUAAUAACAUUUCUUGUUAUUGAAUGUUCCAUUUGUUCAAUGACUUCAUGAUGUAAUAGCAAAUCUUGGUCUUCGGUUAUUUUCACUGCUAUACCAUCAAAUACUACAUCAAUACCAAACUCUGCUCAAAAACUUCCAACUGUUAUUGUGAUGUUCUCAUAACAUUUCGUAGAAUAACGCAGCGAUAACAAUUUUAGGUAUUAGAGCACAUGUCGCUCUUCGCAUUGUAUUUGUAAGGUAUGCCCUUCUGCUCGGGAACCUUGGCUACUCCAGUGAAGAGCCUUAAGAUAAAUUUCAAGAAAAAAUUCUAGCAGGAAUUUUCGAGAAAAUUCUAGAAAAAAUAGUUGCGCAGAUGAUGGGGUAAAUGUUUAGCAGUUCUGGGAUUCGAUUUGAAUAUGUGGUGAGUUUGCUGAGUACAAUCAAACCUCAGAAUUCCAACAUUAUUUCUAGAUUCCUAUACAAAUUGCUGCAAUUCUUUUAAGAAAUUUACGGAGAACUUUGAAGGUAUAUACCUUUAGGAAGUAUCCCUCGAGGAAACUAAAAGAAUCCCAAUUCGAAUCACUGGAGAAAUUUUUGGUGAAAUUUCAGUUGAAAUUUCUGGAGGAACCCGAUGAAUAUUUUAUGUAAAAAUGAGCCGACGAAUAACAGGACAAAACCUUACAAGAAUUCUGGAAGGAUUCCCGCUAGUAAUUUCUUUAUAAACCUCUUCUAGAGGAAUUUCCAGAUGAACUGUUUGAGCGAUUUCUGGAGGAAUCCCUAUCGUCUUUCCUAAAGGCAUCCAUAGAGGAAUUCAUUGGAGAAUUCCUUAAAUGAUUUCUUGAAAAAAUACACAAAAAUUGCUGAAAAAAAAUUCUGGUGGAAUUUUUGGAGAAAUUCCUGGAGGAAUACCAGCAGAAAUAGCUUUACAAAUUUUAGAAUGUGUUCCAAGAGAAUUCCUAGCAAUAAACUCUAGGAGAGUUUUUGCAGGAAUUCCAAAAAAAUCAAAAGAGAAAAUUCCUAAGUAAUAGCAAGAGAUAUACAUGUAGGAAUAUCACGUUGAAGUCUUGAAGGAAUCCCUCGGGAAACCCCCGAGAAAUAUAUACAUAGAAAAAGCCUUAUAUGGAAGGUUAUAGAGCAUUCCUGGAAAAAUUCCCUAAAAAUUGUUUGAUUAAAAUCAGGAGAAAUAACUAAAGACAUCCAUAGAAAUUUGGCUCAAGAAAUCUCUAGAGGUAUUUGCGGGGAAAUCUCUGGAUAAAUCCCCGGUAGAAUUUCUGAUGGAAUGCUAAGAAGAAAAUCCUUAGAUAAAUUCAUAACGCAGUAGUAGGAAUUACCGAGGAAAUCCCCCAGAAACUUCUGGAGGGUGGCCCACACUUAUAUGAAAAACAAAAAUUUUGAAAAAUGCCAAGUCUUACCUCCUUAAUCAGUUGUUUUUUACUCCCAGAAGCUUCGUUUAAAAUUUGAGCAAAAUCAGUUGAGUCUAAGGGGGCGCUCAAAACACUUGAAGUUUGUAUGGGAAACUUGGCCAAAUGUAAGCAGAAAUUUUAAAUAUUCGAAUUUUGCCGCUAGGUGACUCUGUAAGCGUUCAAUAAUCAAACCCUUUGGUGUUAUUGUAGGUUACUAUAUGCCAAACAACUUUGUCGAAGACCGCAAAGUGAUCCAACGUCUGUAAAAAAAGUUAUACCCUAGGCAAAGUAUUGAGAUUUCAUUAUUGAUAUUAUUCCUUUACAUGUAUUAGAAAAACAACAAUAAAGUUUAUCAUCACUUUACCUAGAGUAUAACUUUUGUCACAGACGUUGGAUCACUUUGCGGUCUUCGACAAUAUUGUUUGGCAUAUAGUCACCUACAAAAAUACCUAAGGGUUUGAUUAUUGAACGCUUACAGAGUCACCUAGCGGCAAAAUUCGAAAAUUUAAAAUUUCUGCGUACAUUUGGCCAUGUUUUCCUAUACAAACUUCAAGCGUUUUGAGCGCCCCCUUAGGCCCAACCGAUUUUGCUCAAAUUUUGAACGUAGCUUCUGCGAGUCCGAAACAACUGAUUGAGGAGGUAAGACUUGGCAUUUUUCGAAAUUUUUGUUUUUCAUACAAGUGUGGGCCACCUUAUCUGGAUACAUUCCUUGUGGAGUCCCUGUAGAAAUUCCUGGGUGAAGACCUGCAGGAAUACCAGUAAACAAUUCGGAAGGAAUUCUAGCAGGAGUUUCUAAAGGAAUCCUGCAAAAAUUCUCAGGAACAUAUCUGAAUGAAUGAAUGAAAUCACGGCAGACAAUUAAACGUCCCAUAAUAAAUAACAUACUCCCCAUUGAUAAUUCCAAAAGUGCCAGCAAAAAAAAUAAGAGUGGAAUCAGUAAUAAAUAACAAAAGUUGCAUAAACAAAUAAAAAAAAACAUGUAAGAACACAUCUAAAUUUCCCAUAAAUGAAUGAUUUCCAUGCAAUAAAAAAAAUAUCGAAUAUGUAUUUUUCCCAUAAAACAUGGUAUUUUCUAUAAAUAACUGCGAUAACGAAUUUGAAAUUUCCCAGUAAAUAAAUAUCAAAUAAACCAUAACAAAAUAAAAAUAGCAGUAAAUAAAUGACUUAAUUUCCCAAGAAAAACAAUCGGUUGAUACUUGGAAUGUUUCCACGAUUUUGUAACUAACUAUCCAAGCAUCCAGUAAGUAUUUAGAACAGCACAAGGCGUUUAUUGUUGGUUGGCCGUAUAUACGCCUACAGUACUCGCUUACAGGAGGUUUUGCCAAAAUAACGGGCUGUCUUAGUGCAACACCUUCAGGAAGGUCGUCGCGAAAUGUCAAAGAAUCGUAACAAAAUCGAGCAAAUCAAAACAAACAUAGAUUGUCGUCUGCUUCUGGUUCUCUCAACCCAUCGCUUUCGCGUCCUUCCACACUCCAGCUAGUGCUAGGUGGUACUGCUUUGAUUAUUUCAGUAGUGAUCUGGGGUUAAACUUACGACUCGGAGUUAACUCAAUAUGUUUGCAUGUUUACAGCAAAGACAAUUCAAGCAGUUGAAAUGCAAGUAUCGAAAACUUUUGAACUGCACCGCUUAUGUUAUUUCAAAGCAGUUAUGCUUUUGAGCUGCUUUUGUUAGGCAGUAAAUGGAACUGUAAUAAGUUGUAUGGCUUAUUCAAAUAGUGGUUACCUAAGCAGUUCAUCACCUUAGUGGCGAACCAUAUAAAGAUUUUCAUGAAUUCCGUGAAUUAUCUUGCAAUGUUUGUAACCGAGUAGAACUUCGACCCAUACUUGUUAUGGCGGAUUGCAAAUUAUUUUUUAAGGUGAAGGUUGCUUGAGAUCAUAAGCCUGCCUCCAACGCAAAUCACCCUCUCAACCACCCACUCAAACAAAACAAACUACACGGCGCACAGUGCAUUCUAACUUAGUAAAAGAAGCAAACACAAAUCUGCCAAACUAAAUCAUACUAAGUAUGAAGUCACAACUUUGAGCAUGCCUUCGGUUGUUUUUACACACAUUUAAGUUUUUCAGCUUACCGGCAAAACUCAUUAUCAAAAAAAAAAAAAACGUUUCAAAACUUAAUUUAAUUCCAAGCUGUGUCCAGUAUUUUCUACAUUUAUUUCACUGUGCGUCGUUUUAUUUAGGUUUUUUUUGACAACUUUCACCUCUCUGCUCUCCGCUUGCCUUCUAUCUACCCGUAGAAAACUACCGUGGUGGGGGGUAGAAUUGAUUAGUGCAAUUACAUCUCAUUAACAGCAAAAAAAAAUGUUCUGUUACAUAUUGAUAUCACGAUGGCAAUACGAUUUUCGGAAAAGUUGUCAUGAAUGUAAAAACAGCCUUGUUCGAUGGUAAACGUGGACAGCAAGUUGAUCAAUUUCAUCAUGCGUUGUAUAACACCACUCAGUUCAACGGUAGCCUGAGCAAAGUCCAAUAACAAAAUUACAGCAAAUCGAAAACAUGAUCUGUAUUCAGCAUCAAAUUGAUAUCACAUUUUGAUAUCAAUUUAUCUAUACUUUAUUUGAUUUCAAAUUUUGUUUUCGAUUUUCUGUCAUUUUAAAUUAAUGUAAAUAUUGAAUGUUAAACUAUUUUUUAAAUGUUUUAGUAAACUUUGUAAAGUAAUUCUAGGGAUAUAUCAUAAAUGUUAUUGUAUUAUUGCAUUCAAGAUUUGAUAUUAACAGAAAAAAACGCUACAUUUAAGGAUUUUUCAUUUUUUCGCGCUGAUAACAAAAACAGUUAUCAACUUGCUAUCAUCGAUAGCAGGAAUUUUUUUCAAUUUGAUGUUACAGGAACAUUUUUCUGCUUUCAUUUUUGAUGUUUUAACCGUUAAAACGACCAAAACGACAGCAACCUGAGUUAUCAAAAUUUGCAAUAUCACAACAUCAAAAUUAGUUUUCAAUUUUCUAUCAGACUUUGCUCGGGAGGCUUUUCCGUUCGCGCAAACCGCAAUUAAAUCGAUUUUUUUUACCACAAAUGUGAGAAUCGCGUAGUUUUUCUCGAUAAGCGGAACUUUUCCUAUUGCUGGGAUAAUUUGGUAGGUAAACUGAAGUGAUUUUGAAAAAGUGGUCUGUGCUCGAAUUAAAGAAAAAAGUGCAGCGAGUGCUACAUUUUGGCACAAAAUCGAAGAAAUACUGUGAAAAGUUAUUAGCAGUACCUUCCUACGGGCGUGAAACAUAGUUGCCUACCACAAGUAGCAACCUAAGUGCAUUUUAAGCAGGUAAGCUAGUUUAAUUUGAAGAAUUUGUUAGCCUACUACCGUGCCACAUUGAUCAAGUGGCGAGGGUAGGAAGGAAUAGGGGGACAAAUGACUGCCAUACUGGCUGUCAUUUUGGAGCUCCUGCAACUAUGUUCUUAAGAAUAUGCACUAUCGAUACAUAUCCAUCCACGUAUAUCACAAUGGCUAUUUUGCCAGCGGCUUGCAAGAUAUGCAUCAGAGGAUUAUUGUAUCAAAUUCAUCGAAUAACAAUACAGAAUGAAACAAACUCACCAUUUUAUAUGCAUCCAUUGCUGGCCAAAAGAAGACGGAGGACCAUCGGGAAGAAAUAAAGCGAUAUACAAUAUACCUAUGCGAUCGAUAAGUACUUUUUGCAAUUACGUUUUGAAAAUUAUCACUUUUCAGUUGGCUGAAGUGUCAUGAAAAGGCCUACUUUUCUCUUUUCAUGCAAGUGUGCCGAAAAGUACUACUUUUCGGCACUCUUAAGGGUGUCGAAAAGUAGUACUUUUCGGCACUUUUGCCAGCACACACUUUGCACUAAAUUUCAUGUUAUCCGUAGAUUCGACUGGUGAUUCUACAUCUACUCUACAGCAUGACUGCGAAUCUAGACGACUUUUAUUCCGAUUCCGAUGGCAGAUCAGGUGAGAACGAAGCUGGUGGAGCGUGGAGGUACUUUAGCGACUUCUGCCUUUGUCAACAAACAACUGUUUGACAACGGGAGCUCGAUCAAAUGCUAUACCAUAGCCUAUCUGAUUGAAUAAAAACUACACUGAUGCGCUGAUGCGCAUGGAUGCUCGCACGUGAUUCCUCCUGAUACAUGAUUGUGUUGCGAGAAAUGUUAUACUUAAUGGGUAUUUUUCGUAAUUACAAAAAAUGUUGUAUGCAGCUCGUUGCAAAACUCGAUUUUUUCUGCACUCGUCAUAUUUAUCCAAACCGGCAAGCCUCGUUGGAUAAAUGUACGACUUGUGCCGAAAAAAUCAUUAUUUUGCAAGUCAUUUUGCAACUUGUAGCAUAAAUAGCUAUUAUUUGAUUGGGUAUUAAGAUCAAUUUUAUUCACUUUUUCAUGAUCCGUCAUUGUUAAUAACAACAUUUAGUACGUGUUUUGCUUCUUGAAGAUGAUCGGUAGAUUUUAAACACUUUCCUCAACUGGGGAUUGCUGUUCUUAACCCUCCUAAGAUGCUAGGCUUUUCGCACCACGAUGGCGUAGUGCACGAUCAGCGUGCCUGUCUGGGUCAUAUUGACCUCAACAUCCUACUAGGGUUGAACAUUCGAUCAAAAAAUGUAGACACCAUGAUCAAUUUAUGAACGCCACUGUUAAGUCUGCGACCAGUCAUAGCAAAAAAUGUCCCCGAUCAAACCAAUUAGAGUACAGUUAGCGCUCAAAUUGCAUCGCUCGCAGCUUAUUUUUCCUUUGUCUUCAUAUCUAAAAAUGGGGACAUGAUUCGAUUUUUUUUCCCUGUUUUUGCAACAAUUACAAAAAUGGCCCGUUGAAAUGUGAGUACGCACCGGUAAGCAUUUCAUGGCCAGAGGCCCUACGGAUCCCCGAAAGCCUACCAGACAGAUUGGGGACAUCGUUUCGUCAAAAAAACAAAACCUCCGCAAAAGUGCCCGAUCAGAAAGGCGUAACAAAAUUAUAACCGAUUGAGUUAUUUAUUUCAAAGAUUUUUCAUAACAGAAUGAGUUAUAAAAUUCGCCGGUUAGGUGUUAAAAUAACAAAAAAUAUAACUGAAAUUGCUCUAGCCAUAACAUAAUUAUAACAGGUGUUGAUACAAUUUUAACAAAUUUAUAACAACGUGAGAUAUAAUAAAAAUUGGAAUGAUCAAAAAAUUAUAACACAUGUUGUUAUAAAUUAGAUAUAAAUAUAUUGGGUAAAAAUUGAGUUGGGUAAAUUUUAACUCAUUUUUGGGUAAUAUUUUUAAGAGUGUUAUUUAUUUUUAGCGAGAAGUUUUAGUAUAUAAAAAAACCCUCACCCAGACGGGAAUCGAACCAAGGACGCCAUCUUCAUCUGCAAUCCGGCGCCUUUAUCAAUGAGGCCAUUGCAGUACUUGAAGUGGAGGGCGGUAUAUGAUCAAGUGGUUCUUCGUUUUAGCAGCUGGUAGACUCAUUUGUCCAACAUACAGUGGAGAGAAAAUAUGACGUCACAUAAAAGUGUUCUCGAUACAGUUGAUCGCAAUUACGUCAUCUUAGGAUAUUAUAACAAAACAGGAUAUAAUUUGGUUAUAGAUGUAACUCAAGAAUUUGCUCUGCAUUUUGGCAUGCUUUAUCUCAUGAUUCAGACCAGAAAUAAAUGUCGUAUCUUCAUCAAAGUUGUAGAGAUAGUUAAUAGCUCUUAUAUAGUGAAAAGAGUGGUAUACAAUUUCACCUUCUCUUGGUUCUAGCGAGCAAUUAAAUCAGAACAUUUCGACAUGUGUUAUUAAAUAAUUAUCUAAUGUUCCUCACCAUCAAGGAAGUUCCUGCCUACGGCAAAGCUAUGCAAAUUUCACCGCUUCGUGGCGUUAGUGUGUAUUUCUGGAGAUUGUCAGAUUUAGAUGGCUUGUGAAAUAAAAAAUGAAGUGUUUAAAGCACAAUUUAAACAUUACAUGGUACUUGGUACAAGAAUUGGCAUAAUAAAGCAAUUCCGUGGCGUUUGCUUUGCCUCGUGAUCUCAUAUAAUGUUUUUAUUUUCAGCAAAAAUAGUUUAAACAAGAAAUUCCCCCACUAGUUGAAAGCACGUGUUCGGCAUUUGCUUCGGCAUUUGUUUCAUUGAGUAAAUCCUAUUUGAAUAACCGCUUUAAAAUUGUGGAAGUUAAAAGAAAUCAUUGAAGCCCGAUCGGUACUCUAUCGGGAGUGCCACAAGGAUCGGUUUCAGGACCAUUAAUGUGAGCCUUAUUCAUUAACGGCCUUCGUUCAUCUUUGAGUAUGUAAUAUCCACACCACAUAUUUGCAGAUAACAAGAAGCUGUAUUUCUUCUGAAUUAAUAUGGAUGUCAAUUGCAUGGCAAUGAAACGUGACUAACGACAUGGCGUGAUCAAAUUAAUUUCAAAGCUCCACAAAUUAUUUUGUUAUUAAUCAAUUCUUCAAAAACUAAGGUGAUUUUCAUUUGCAGACGACUAAUUGUUUCAGUUGUAUCAUGUUAAUUCAAUAACAAUGAUAAAACUGCAAAUUUCUGAAUAAUUUAUUAAAAUAAUCUUGAAUGGGACUACAAACUGCAAAACCUAUGGAGGAUUGUGAAGCUUAAAACUAACUUCAGGAAUGGUAACAGUUUCAAUGAAAGUCAUCCUUUUCAUAUCCAUUUUGUUGCCUCACUUAUCAUAGCUUCAUGUGACCGUUUGAGAGUUGCAUUAACCCUAGUAGGAAGUUGGGGUCAAUAUGACCCAGACAAGCACGCUGAACGUACACUACGCCUUCGUGGUGCAAAAACCUAACAUAUUAGGAGGGUUAAAUCACUGCAUACAGUAUGCGGCAGGAAAAAAUGCGAAAGUGUUUUUCAGCUUCAAACCUCAUUUUCGUCCAUUUGACGUUAACCAAUCUAUGUUUCAACGUUCCAUGAUCUCUAACAGGCCAAUUUUCUGAAAAGUUAUUCGAAAAAAAACCCUUUUUGGUCACAAACCUUCUAAAGACGGCGCCUGAUACAGAAGACAAUCAAAAUUUUCAAACCACUGAAAAGUACACAGGUCGCUAAAUUUCAUAAAUGAUAAAAUAAAACUUUUAAUUUUCUCUACAAUACCAUCAUUUAUAUGUGUUUAUUUCAUCUGGUAUGUCAAACUACAUGGCUCUGGACUAGUAUGGGCUGGUUUUUCAUCGAAUUAAAGCUAAUUUUUUUUUAACUAUUAUAGCCAUUUUGUCUUGGGCAUUAAAUUUGACUAGAUACUCUAGUGUGGCUCACCUACAAUGACAACUGCUGGGAUACUCAUUUCUUAUUUUUUUUAACUACGUUGCUGUGCGAUGCUAUAUAGUAUCAUUCGCUAAGGACCUAAAUAUUGUGGCAACAUCACUAAGAUACUGAUGAUCUUAAGGCUUAAGCAUCCGUCAUCAUUUUUCGGAAAAUAAAAAGCAGUUUUCGCGCUGUAAAUCAAAAUAUUGACCAUGAAAAUAUAUUCACUGCAUUCUAUUCCUCAUGCGGAAUACAGUGAAUAUAUUUUCAUGGCAAAGACUUUUGUUUUGAUCGAAAAAACUGCUUUCAAAUGAUGACGAUGAUUUAAAUGACUUUUUUUUGUUUUUAUUAAUGUGUAUUUUAACACAAAGCUAAUUCUACACUUCAAUGACGAAUUGUUCAACGUUAACCAGCCGCAGUUUAUUGCGGAAAUAUUGCGCGUGUUUGAUUUGUACAAGGCGGCUUAUACAUGAUAACUCCCACCCGGCGGCUGCAAAAACAGUUUUAGCCAAGGUGCACAGAUUAUCAAAAAAUCGAUUUUGAACUUCCAAUAAGGGAUAACCCUGAAUCUAAAUACAAGUAUGUCAAUAAAUAAAUUUAAUGAAUAACCUGAAUUUUCUUAAAGGUCUGGAUCACGAUUCGAACUUGUCAAAAAUCCUAUAUUUUACAAGCGCGGUAGCACAAAACAGCGGCUGAAUUGCGUAUCAAACACCACCUAUAAAAUAUUAAUUUGACAUAAACUGCAUUUUCAAAACUAUAACUGAGUUUGUUAUAAUGUUCAUAUAAAGAUGAUCAAAAUCAUUUUUUUUUGUAUUAUAACUGACCUUGUUAUAAUUCUGAUAUAAUUAAAUCAGGUUUUCAAAUAAUUUUUGUCAAAUAUAUCUAAAUAUAACAAACGUUGAUGUAUCUAUCAACCGCUGAUAUAAUUUUGUUAGAUUUUUGUUAUGCCUUUCUGAUCGGGUGAACGACCAAGUUCAUGGCCAUCCGUUAACCGACAAGCACGUUGCCGCUGCAAUUGGCACGCGGCGCGGUCCGGUUACUUUUGGGCCACGUUUGGAGUUUUGGACACUCUUUGGGUUCGAAUUUCGCACUGACUGGUUGGUUGGUCGGUUGGGCGGUGGUUAUUGUUAGGAUGUAGUGUCCCAUCAAUCACCGACAUGAAUAUGGACGGAUGAUUUCUCAAAACAAACAGUUUACCAUACGGAUGGCCUUUUGUUGACGUAGGCAAACAACAUGCGCAACUGAACCGAACGAAACGGAACGGAAGAAAGCGUGGUGGCUGUUAGGUGUGCGUUGGCGUUUCGAUGGGGGUUGGAAUGGGAUGAAGCGUGAGCAUUGGGGUUCGUGUUCAAGGAUACUAGAACACGUGCAACUGUAUUGUCCUGGCCGCGCCGCCGUGCCAGCCAGACAUCGUCAUAGGGAUUCAUAACCGUGGGCGGGCUUAUCGUUAGUGGUGUAUGUCAUUGAUGAACUUCGCGACCCACGUCUACGUGGGAUGGAGCACUAAUGCGAUGUUUGUUCGUGCCUACUACUGUUAUGCAGUAAUGAUUUGUUUAGACUAAAUUUAAAUUGUUUGCGUUACUUGCAACUAAUGAUGCUGUUAUUCUGCAGUAUCAUUUUCAGUUUUACAAUAACAUACCGGAAUACUGCAAUUAAAUUAUCCAAUUUAGCAUAGUUGUUUACAGUUCACAGGAGAUGACGACUGCAGCAAUUUCUUAACAUACUAUUGUAAGUAAAUAAAUAAAGUCGUUGUUAACAGUUUUAGUUUUGUUUUUAUGACCAUGUAUCAUGUAAGGAAUUGAUACUUAUCGCGCUGUCUAAGCAAAUAUAUUUAGUUAUGUCAUUAGAAUCUGCUGUUUUUAUGGGUGCCUCCGAUAUUUGCAAGUUUGGCUUUGAGCUACCUGCAUUUAAUCCAAAAUUCGUAUUCAAAUAAGCAAAAAAAGCGCGUGAGCGUGAGGCGAUACGCCUGCUGGAAUUUUCCCUUCUUGCUUUUAAUGAAAUACGUGGAAGAUCCAUCGAACUCUUUACAGCAGCAAUAAUAGAAGGAAAAGGAGACGCAUGGUAGUUGAUGAUACAUAUCCUGAUGAACUCUUAUACAAAAACGGUAUUUAAAAAAGUUGUUUCGGUUUAUUAGAAUGGAACGGAGCUAUAAACGUUAAAUCUUAACGCAUUAUUAGAUAAUCGCAUAAUCUCUCGGUCAAAAUCCAUAAGCUGAAACUUUCAGCUUUCUAAUAGUAAGUUCAGGUGUAAGAUCGGUGGUUGCAAAGAUUGUGAAGAGCGCGUUAUCAUGAUAAAAUCCAAAAUGGUGACCAAACCCAAGAUGGCAUUUUCCACUUCAACUUAAAGGCCUAUAUAUUUUUAGGCCUAUUAAAAAGUAGAGUUUUUGAAGAUUUUCAACUGUAGCUUUUAUCGCGUGAUAUCUGACAAAUCAGAUAAGUUUUCGUGACUACUUUUGAUUGAACAUUCCGACGUAUUGACAUGUUUUUUUUUUGUAUUUUACAGUGAUUUUAGAGGAGCCUCUGUAGAUCUUUCUUGAGUUAUCUGGAAAAUUUCGAUACGGAUUGGAAAUAGCCAAAUACGUUCGAAAGUCGAUAUGCCCGUAAACAAGAAUGAGGCUGCCCAGCCAACACAAAGUCGUAUAUGACGUAUAAUAGGAUGCUAAAGUGGAGGCCAUAUGCGUACAUGUUUCCAUCUAACCGCGUGUAAAGUGUUUGCAUAUCGCCUCCACUUUAGCAUCUUAUUUGACAGCAUAUGCGAUCAUGUGUUGGCUGGGUGAAUAUUUUCAAUGAACAUUCCGAAAUGUGAAAUGAACAUUCCGAAAUCUGAAAGAAUCCGCAGAGAAAUUCCCAGUUGCAUCCCUGUAGGAAAUCUUGGAGGAUUUAUUGGGAAAUACAUAAGGGUAUACCCGGAGCAAUUCAUGAGGAAUCUCUAAAGGAUUUUUUGCUGGAACCCAUGAAUGAAUUCAUGCAUGAACUUCUGAUAGAAAUCAUGCGUGGAUCUCUGGAUGAAUCUCUGAAGUAAUUCAUGGAGACAUUUCUUCGAGGAUUUCCAAUGGAAUCCCUGGAGUGGUUCCUGAAGGAGUUUCUGGAGGAGACCGGAAUUUUGCAUAAAUUUUUGAAUGUAUAUGUGGAAGAAUUUUUGAAGAAAGUGCAAGGGGAAUUUAAAAAGAAAUCAUUCACGGAGACAAAUUUCGUUCGUUUGAAACAAAAAUAUUCAUGUUUAUUCGGUAAACUGAUAAAAUUUUUAAAACUAAAAUAUUAAUUUUUAAAACUAACUCAAUUACAUAUUGAUUUCUACAAUACCCAUUGAAGAGCCCCCCGUUCCGCCGUCGAGAACAUAAACAAAACUCUCAAGUUCCAGCUGCAGCACCAAACAAGAU